AUGGAGCCAUCUUCGUCGCAAUUCCAACCGUCUUUCUCGCAGCAAGUCCGGCCCCGUGCGACCCAAACAACAAUUUUCCAAGAGACCGAGUUCAGCUCAAAGGAACUUGACCACGAAGCAUUUCUAAAUGCGAUCGUCAAUCUCCAGACACAAUUGACGAUUUUGAAGAAAGAUGCGGGAACGACCAAAGGAAAAACCCAACGACAGCGACAGGAAGCCAAGAAGGUUCUGAAGCUAUUGCUACAGCAGGUCUCUGGGACGCUUUUUGCCAAUAAGUUAGAAGCGUCUCUCUCGCUGGAAGAUAUAGUGCGCGAACUUACCCAAUUAACCGAAGAGGAGUUGAUUGACAAUCAGCAAAAGUAUCAGAAGAACCCGAAUGCUCCAACCGACUUUCAAGUCACCGAUGUGUGCGUUGGGCUUGUGCGUGCGGCGAUAAUUGAAGGUGCUGCGGAUGCGAAAAUCGAUGUGAUACCGCUCUGUAUUUUGCUGAUUAAGUCGACUUUCGGAUCGGUGGAGGGCAGGUACGAAGGGGCAGUCUGUGAACUUCUUCAACGGUACUCUGAAGCUGUUCCUGUGAUGAAAUGGAAACAAGAACAUUACACAGCCCUGCUACGGAAUGCUAAAGCGGAAUUGAUGGAACGAUUGGCCUGCAACAUAAAGCGAAAACGAGCUGAUCCCUGGUUAAAAAUUGUCUGCCUCCUCUACAAGAAUAUUUCGUGGAAAAUGUUGCCGAAAGACAUCCACGAGACGGUUCUCGACUGCUUUGAUCAGGUCAUAGCUGCGCUUUGCCCACUAGACUAUGAAUACUUCCAAAAAGAGACGUCGACCUCAUCGCUGAUCUUCCAGCUAUUUUCGGUGUUCCUCGACGAAUGGGGGCUUCUGAAAAGGGAUCAUUUCUUGGACAGCUUGAUCAAAGUAGCUUCCGCCUCUGUGAAUCAGAUAAAUGGGAUGUGGACGAGUAGAAUUGCGAUACAGGACAAAUACGCGAUGGAAAAUGCUGGAGAACCACUUUGGUCGUUUCUCGAAAGAGUGCUCGCUUUGGCCGCUCCAAGCUGUGAACUGCUUGAAAAUGCGCUCAUCAGCCCGAUCCAUAAUUUGGCCAACGAUCUGAUUGAUGCGGUCAUUUCGGAUUUGAUCCGAGUCACAAAUAGUAAUGCGCGCACCCUGUUCGAGCUGCCCGACUCGCGGAUCUCCCUAUUGGGCCGUAUAUUGUUCCUCAGCGAGCCGAGCCUCGUCUUUGAGCACCAGGAUGCGGUGAAACGGGCGCGCGUCAUGUCUCCGUUAGCGGCGUUCUGCUCGUGUGACUGGCACGUCACCCCUGUUCCACCCUCCUUGGUGUCGGUGACGGUGAGGGCAUUGAGCGCCCUCUUCUCUACGUACCAUAACCAACUCAAGCAAAGUGGUGAAGCUUCCAGAUUUCUCAACAUUCUGUGGAGAGCAAAGGCCGAAUUUUCCGGCGCCGUCGACCAAUUCUGCCAUAUUUUUGCGGCGUACGCGGAGACGUGUCAAAAUGGCGAAUUCCCGAAAGAGCCGCGCGAUCACGAGAUCUUCGAGUGGCUGUUGAUGGAUGGCGGAUGGCCGGCAGCAGCACGGUUUUGCGCUACGUAUAUGGCCAGAAUACAACCGAAUUCGCGCCCGCUCUCUGCCGUCAUCGACUUACUGUCUAGAAUUGGCAUAAAUUCAGCAAACGAGGAGCGGCUAUUGUCUAUAGCUUUGAACAGGUGCUCGUGGCAUGAUCUGGAAGAACUCCCCCAAUUAAAACGAUGGCGUUUCCAGAAUGGCAGCGAGAAUUGGCGAUCUCGCGAAACGAUUGUCCGCUGGCUGAUCGCUAGUGCAACGGUCGACUUCUCGGGGAUUCUCUUCCAGUUGACUAAGCAUAAUUUGGGGCAAGAGGCCGCGGCGACGAAUGGUAUUUUCUUGCAACCGACUCUUGAAACGAGGUUAAUGGAUUAUGUUCUUAUUACCCAACAACAGAGGAUUCCAUCUGAGCCGACUCCGAACUACUCUUUUAUCGUCCUGACCGACGUGGCAGCCCUGAUCUUGCAUCAUUUUGACGAGUGCUGGGAACAAGCAGGCUCCAACACCGGAAGAAAGGUCUUUUUAUGGCGUCAAUUGAUCGGCUACAUCGACUUGUUGAAGGAGUUCGUGGAGGAAAAGACCUAUCGCGCGUUGCUUGACAAAACAUCUGACUGGGUGGCCAGGAAUCUACGCCGAUUCGAAGACGAGUGGAAGAUGUUCGACUUUUCGGGGCGUCAUUUGCUAUUCCCGUCUACUUUGUAUAACGCAAUUAAGGAGUAUGCCGAGAAGAAUGAAUACGCAUAUUACUGCUUGAUCUGCGAUGAGGCGAUCCUGGAUUUGGCCUUGGAACCGGAAACUAUGGAUAAAGUGCUAUCCCUCUGCAACACGAAAUGGCGCGCGGAUCAGCACUGGCUGACAGCCCCCAGCCAGCUUCUCGCCCUCAAGGCAUUUCAACUACCGUUAGAAGCCUGGCCAACAGAGAUCUUUGCGGAUUACGGUCAUCUGCUGACAGAACAGGACAAAAUGGAGUUGUUGGAGCGGUUGCACUCGCUACAACAAGACCAUGGUGAUGAUCCGAUGCGAUUGGUCUACGCAAACGUCAUGUUACGAUUUGAAAGUACUGCCUCCCUACAAAUUCGAUCGAAGCUCGAGCCGCUCACUGACUUUUGCCUCGUCCUUGAUCGUGUUGAUGAGCUGCACCCAGCCGCCCUAGAAGAGUACCUCAACAACUUGGACCACUAUUUAACGCCAUCAAUUUUUGCCCCGAAAUUUGCCAGAGCCGUGCUCGAAAGACGAAUUCUUUGGCCCAAUCACCUCAAGAUUUUGCGGUUUCUGUUGGAAAAUGCGGAAGCGUUGCAGUUGUGUCGACGAUGGUGGCCACAAGUUGACGCUUUUAUCGAGUACCACAGCCCGGCCCUUUUGGCGAAUUUUGGUCUUCGGCCCGAUUUUUCGCGAUUCAAGAGGUUCACACCAAGAACGGUACCCAACGACUGGAUCGAAGUGGUGCGAGCUUCAUGUAAAGGUGUCGAUUCCGAAGAGCUGUCACUGAAUUGCGAAUGCUUCCCCUGGGCGCUGCGUUGCGAUAGCGGCCUGAUGUCCAGCGUCUCGAUCUAUUUCGUCUCGCAACUCCAGUCGAUGGCCGCUCUCGAUUUUUUGGCUCACCUCCGCAUGGAAGCGGCAUCGGCUAUCGCUACUUGCCAAGAAAUUCGAUACCUCGAAUUUUUGGUUGUCCUCGUGGAAACGGCCAAGAUGUCCCCGGUCUCAAACUACCCAAAAGUGAUGAAGCCGCUGUUGGAGUUGCUCGUCUCUUGCGUGACGCUUAUCUGGCAGAGUGUUAACAGAAAUACGUCUUGCUUCGACAUUGCUGAACUUUCGACGCAACGGAUGCGUAUCCUCAAGCUACUGCCCGAGGAAUUUUCCCUGCAUUCCGUCUACGCGUCCAAGGAGUUUUUGAUGAGCUAUAAAGGAAAUGCCCUCGACAACUUUCCGGAUACCUUUCACGCAGCUGCUGACGGGUUUUUGGACGCUAUUUGGCCAGACGACGAGCACGUCUUCUUCUGUACGGCAUUCUGGAAGGCAAUGGAUGAAGCCGUUCUAUUGAAGCUAAAAUCGAGAGAUUCCUGGGACCCUCGCCUGCGUCGAUGCCUGGAAUAUCUGAUUCUCAUCUGGGAUACGGUACCCUGGCUGCGACCGUUGAUUACACCGAAUAUCGUGCUGCUCAAACAGCUGGUCUCGCCAAAUCUCCCCUACACCGUGGAGUUCAACUACCAGGAUGGCGGUGGUGAUCAGGCGAUGCUUGGAUAUCUCGGCCGGGUCUGCAAGCUAAUGCUGGCCGAUUAUCGGGAAACCAGCUUCGAUUCAAUCCGAUUCGCCCUGCGGCUGCUGAUCUGCCCGGAAUUCGGAGCGAUAUCGAUUUUGUCGGUGGAACAGGCUGCGGACAAGGAAAACCAAGAGCUGACGUAUGAAUCGGUUCCCCUCUCACAACCAAUGAGCCAGUCGGAUACUUCUCGUGCUCGAGACGUCGCUGACACCCCAGACGCGUGCUACCGACUCCUGAAAAGUCUCGACAUUGGCCACGCUGUGAUCAGGACUCUGGCGAAAUACGUGCUCGUCAAAAUGCGCAAAAUUUGCCCGGGCCUUCUCCCGUACAUUUGCGGACUCGACCAUGAGCCCGAGAUCAUACAGCCGGCGAUUCGAGUCAUAUUGGCCUGCCGGGAAUGGGACACAGCGGACGACGCCGAAAAUCCACGUUCAGCCCGCUGUCUAGCCGAGUGCCUCGACGCCAUCAACAUUCAAUACUUGACGGCCAAUAUUGAAAAUUGCGAUGAUAUUGAUCGCCUUCGACUGCUGGCUGAUUUUCUGGGAAGUAAUGGCUACACGAACCACUCAAAGCUGCUCUAUCAUUUGUUCUGCGAGACGGUCCUGGCACGUCUUCGCUCGACAAUGGGUCUCAAUCUGGGCUCCAAUUUGUGUAAACUGCCAAAAGAAGCUCGCCAAUUCGCCGCGGAUCUUUAUUUACGGACCAGCGACGCGUCGGUGCUGCGCGUUCUUCCUGCAGAUUUUCAGACAAAACCGGCGAUACGAAGUGCGAUCAACUAUGACCUCUGUGACUGGGCCUCACUCAUAAGCGAUGAAGACCCGAAGCUCAAGGCUGAAGCUCAUUUUGCACUCGGCUCCCAGCAAACUCCUAGUGGCUCUGCAUUUGAUGAUGCGAUGUAUCAAGAAGCAUGGAGACUCAGAAACUGGGGCUCACUUCCCCUCCCAAAACCAGCAUCAUCUCGUGAUGCCCAACUCUACUCGCAUUUCUACAUGGAAAGUUGCCUGAAUUUGGAUAGUAUUGGGGAAGUUCGCGAGGCUAAGGUAAAAUUGGAGCACGAGUACGCGAAGCUCGGUUGCUCGACGACACAGCUACUGGCACAAAGAAUCGCUGAGCUGCGAGCUAUCGAAAUUGGCAAUCAAGAGACAGAGCGGAUUUAUCUCGACUCGACACUGAUCUGCGCAAGGGCUUUCGAAAGAUCGCAGAGAGCUAUUGGAGAUCGCCAAAAGCUAGACCAGCGUGAUGUCGAUUCCAUUUUUGCAGAAGUCGAAAGUUUGGCCAAAAGAAAGAUGUACCGGCCGGCGCUGAAAACGCUGGGAAAUCUGAACGACAUGGUCAAUCUGUUGCCCAAAAGUGACGACCAGCAGCUUCUGGCCGCUCAGUGUGUCCUGGAGGAAUGCCGAAUUCUGCGGAAGACCGAUAUGAAAAUGAUGGCCAAGGAGAAGCUGUUCAAACUGAUCGCACAAUCGGAUGUGGAAGAUCAGCUUGGAGCCGAAAUCGCCGUCCGAGCGAGCUGUCAGCGCGAGGAGUUGGCGCUGGAGGCGGAUUUUGACCCGGAAAAGUCGAUUGCGUAUGCGUUGAAGGCGCGCGACCUUUGCGCGAAAGCCGAUCCCCGGAAUUCCGAAUUGUACACCCUCGUCCACCGGAAGCUCUUUGAAGCCUCGUGUAGUCAGCUGGAAAAUAUUGAGGCGUACCGCGAGUCAAAAGGAUUUCGGAUGAAGCGGGAGGCCAUCGAAUAUUGGGACAAGACGCUGAGUGAGCAGAAUGAAAGGAAGCGCGAUCCUGCAUCGGCCGCGAUUGAUUCAGCCGCUGUGACGAGACUUCGUCGCGAACGUCGAUGUGAAGCUGAUGCGAUCCGGGCCACAUACACGAGGCUGUGGGAAAAUGCGCAAUUGGCGCUCGAUUCGGGGCUGAAGGCGAUUCAGUAUUCAAGCCAACGAGAUGCUACGCAGAUGCUCUUCUCGGUGAUUGAUCUCCUCUUCCGAUACGGUGAAGAGAACCCAGACUUGGAACUGAAAGAUGACCUAGAAGGAGAAAGACCCCUUUACCUUGGCAUUGUCGCGUUAUUUGAGCAUCAUCUAUCUGUCCUCGACACAACCAAAUGGGUAUUUGCCGUCAGCCAUGUCUGCAGUCACGCCUUCAAAAAUACACCGCUUGGAAAUGCGAUUAAACAGUUGAUGACCAAGCUCGUCAUUGCCCAUCCAUAUAUUGCAACGAAUGCCCUGUUGUUUUACGACGAUGGCGCGGAAAAGACAAAGACGAUCAUGGUCAUCCUUCGAAAAGCCACGGAGAGCAAUCGGGCCCUGGAGCCGAUUUUGCGUGACCAACGAAAGGCCCGGCGUCUCUAUUCGCGUUUCUGCCAAAUCGAGAUCACGCGGGACCCGCGUUUUCGCACGCAAGGAAAGAUUGAUUGCUUCAUCGCCGAUGCUCAGCGUUGUGAAUUGUUUGCCGACCAGACGUUUCUCUCCAAAAUCCCACUGCCAAUCCUCGAUCAUUCGUUGGACCCGUUCGAACCAGGUUCCGGUGCUGAUGACAUCGUCUGCUGGGGCAGAAUUGAUCCUCUAUGUCGCAAGGCUGACGGCCAAAGUCGCCCGAUCAUCCUGGAUGUGAUAGGAAGUGACGGCAAGAAGUAUCGCAUGGUUUUUAAGAAAGAAGACGUGCGUCAGGAUUGUCUCGUCGAGCAGCUCUUCUCUGUUGUCAACAAUAUUCUGUCCACAAAAAAGGCACCGCAUCCGCUACGUACUUAUAAGGUCGUCCCGCUGAACGAGAAGAACGGCAUCAUCGAAUUUUGCAGCAACACCAUUUCGAUGAGAAACCUCCUUUGCGGUGAGGACAAGGCUUCCGGUCUGCACGGCGAAUUUUAUCCAGACGAUAUGCCAGCAACGGAGGCAAUCACGCUGAUGUACAAGAAUCAAAAUGCCCCGCCCAGCGAAGCGCUGCGAGUUUUUGAGAAUAUUUGCCGAAAGAUGCGACCGGCUUUCAGGCACCAUUUCUACCGUCAAUUCCCAUCUGCAGCCGAGUGGUUGGCCCAGUUGGAUGCGUAUACGACAAAUCUGGCGCAGUGGUGUAUCGUAUGCUACGUGGUCGGGCUGGGCGAUCGCCAUGCGUCGAAUAUUCUCUUCGAGGAGCACUCAUCAAGAUUUGUCCACAUUGACCUUGGUAUGAUCCUGGAAUAUUCAAAACGAACACUGCCCGUGCCCGAACAAGUCCCGUUCCGGCUGACACGCGACUUGACGGAUCCAUUGCUUCCGGAUGGAAUGGGACGACUGCUGGAUCGGAUGACCGCCACGCUCACAGCAUUGAGAAGCCAUCAUCGGACAAUCCUCGGCCUCGCUUCCGUUUUCCUGCGAGAACUGAUGAGCAACUUCAAAGAAGCGCACACCUCGCGCUCGUACACGUCCCUGGUUGCCAUUGAUCGGUUGCGAGACAAAUUGAGUGGCCGUGACUCGUCCCUUACCGCCUUGAACCCAGAGCAACAGGUACGCCGUCUCAUCAAGGAAGCCACCGACGUCGAGAAUCUCGCGCGCAUCUACUGUGGGUGGAUGCCCUUUUGUAAAAAAUGUUUUCCGUUGAAUUUUUUCACUUUGUCA